AUGGGAAGGAAGCCUUGUUGUUCAAAGGAAGGCUUGAAUAGGGGAGCAUGGACAGCAAUGGAGGACAAAAUACUUAUAGACUACAUUAAGCUCCAUGGUGAUGGAAACUGGAGAAACCUUCCUAAAAAAGCAGGUCUCAAGAGAUGUGGUAAGAGUUGCAGAUUAAGGUGGUUAAAUUACCUAAGACCUGAUAUUAAGAGGGGAAACAUCACUCAUGAUGAAGAAGAGCUUAUUAUCAGACUCCACAACCUCCUUGGAAACAGAUGGUCACUAAUCGCUGGAAGAUUACCAGGGCGAACAGACAAUGAAAUCAAGAACUAUUGGAACACAAAAAUCGGAAAAAAGUUACAGAAAAACCAAAACAGUUUCUCCACUGCAAAAACAUCUAUUAAUCAUGAGGCACCUAACAUAGAUACAAGUCAGCUGGUGAUCAGGACCAAGGCAACAAGAUUAACAAAGCUUGUGGUCAACACUCCAGCUGACCCAGAAAUUGUUGGGUCCUCCAAGGUCGAUGAAAAUGUUAUAAACCCUAAUUUUUGUUCUGAACUUGAUAAUUCAGAUCGGGAUAAUUUCAUGAUAGAUGUCGAGCUAGACCAUAAUUUCCUGUCAGAAUUCCUCAAUACGGCUGAUGGGUUUCCUCUUCUGUCUGAUUACUUGGAAAACAACAAUGAUCAUGGAAACAAUAAUAGCAGACGCGAUGAUCAUGAUCAUGAUCAUGGCCAUCCAACUACCUUCGUCUCUGAUCAAGACCUCUCCUUCUCUGGAUUAAACCAAGUCCAGCUUGCACGUUUACCAGACUCAAGAGGGUUGACUAAUCUGCAUGUUUAG